AUGGGGGUGGAGGGCAAGGGACGCCGAGACCGGGAGACGGACGGCGCGCUCGCCCUCGACGGGCGGCGGCCAGAUGGCCCGGGAAUCCGGGGGUCCUGCGGGGCUAGGUCUGGGGACGCGGUCCCGGGGACGAGGGCUGAAGCGGGAGGAGAGGUCUCCCUGCUCGCUGGCUCCGCGGCCGGCCCGCAGCCGUGCGCCCCGCGCCAGGUUGGGGCUGGAAGGCUCCGGGGUUCCCCGCUAGCUCCCGCUGCGGUGGUGCCAGGUUCGGGAGGAGGGCAGGCAGCUGGGGGAGACCGGGGCGCCACGCCCCUCUUUCCUACUUUCUUCCGCUCUUUCUGGGGACUAGGCGGCGAGUGCACAGUCCUGGAACCCGCUAGGCGCUGGGGGUCUGGCGGGGAAGUAGCGGGUUACCGAGAGGACUCCGAUCACACAUCCCGCGAGGGACCCCCGAGCAGUGAGUGGCCAGGAGACUAUUUGCAGGUGAUAUGA